CAUGUAAUCCUUUAUUCGUCACAACAGACUAUAAUUCAGUUUCGAACGGUUUUACAAACGCAGUUGCACACCAUUCAUACAAUUAGAAUAACCAUUGUUAAAGAAACUAAAAGUUGCCGGAUUUAUUUUCCCAUUAACUUUGUGGAACAAGAUAUAAAUAGAAUAAUAUUUCUUACCCAUCGCAGAAACCAAACAAGUACAUGAACGUCCACCAAGGCAUGAACGACUGAAUUAAAUAGGCUCCUCCACCCUUAAUGGGCCUGAUAAUAUAAUCUGUUCUCAUGUUUCCCCUACUUUCUGUUGCAUGUUCUAGAACAGCUCCCAAUGCCUUUCGACUAAUAUUAAAUGCUUAUCUUGCUGGUGCUCAUAUUCAUGCAUUUUCUUGGAGCUGUAAGGAAAGAGUGUUCCAGAAUGAAUGGGCAAUUUUUCGAAUCCAUAAAACAGAUUAUAAAAAAACAAUCUCACAGGCUCUCCUCCGGAAAUCUCCUGUGAAGAUACAGUCAUCUAAAGGACAACACUCAGAGAAACUUCUGUGCGACAUUGUGUAAUUCAGAGAAAGGACCAGGUAACACGCCUAUCGAAAAAGUGGUUACAGUUAAUUUCUCUGAAUUUUUUAUAUGCUGUGUGUCUUGGUGUCCCCAACAAAUGUCUCAAUGGGCAUAGACCGAAAACUCGACGUGUCCCAAGAUAAAGGACGUCCAAGUCAGUAUAAUGGGGUAUGGGUCCUACUCAGCUAUCUGUUUUAUGUUGACGGGUGGUUUCGGUUAAUUCCACUAAAUUGUUUAUAUGUUAUGUAUCUCGGUGUCCUGAACAAAUGCUUUAAUGGGUAUAGGCCCCAAGGCUCAACAGGUCGCAAGAUAUAGGCGAUUCAAGUUAGUAUAAUACCCCAUUAUACUGACUUGGACGGCGUAUCUCUUGGAACCCGUUGAGUUUUGGAGCAUGUGCCCGUUAACACACUGGUUCAGAAUGACUAGACACAUCACAUGAUAUAAUUUAGCGAAAUUAUCAAAACCACUCUACCAGUUAAAGCCGACAACCCAUUAUACUUGGACAACUUAAAUCUUGGGACCCAUCACAUUUUGGGGUUUGCGCCCUGUGAGAUAUUUGUUCACGAUGCCGAGAUUUCACAAAUUCAGCCGCAUUAACCGAAACCGCUCUUCUAGAUAGAGCAGACUACCGAGUAAAACCGACACCCCAUUAUACUGAUUGGACGGCCUGAAUCUUGGGCACCUUGAAUUUUGGGGCUUAUGCCAAUUGAGACAUUUGUAAAGGACGCCAAGACGCAUAACAUAUGAAAAAGUUAGCGAAAUUAAACGAAACCACUUUACCCAUAGGCGUGUUGACGGGUCCUUUUAAAGCACUGUAAUGGUCCAAUUUAAUAACAACUCCACGUUUUUUUGUUCGAUUAAUGGGGAAGAGUGGCUUACCGGCGAUUGAAAAUUGAAGAACUGUGGGGGUGGGGCUCAUGUUUAAGCCGCCGAAUAACACCACAGAUGGAUAUGUCAAUUUACGAAUUAAUAAAAAAAAAUAUUGUAAAAAAACUGGCAAACUUCCGAUUUGCUUAUUCUAUCUACUUACUACUACUAAACGCAGAGGUGUCAAUGUAA